AUGGUUGAUGCUAUAUGUAUGAACUCGCUUAAUCUUCGCGGAAUCGUGUUGGUGGGAUUAUACACUCCGAACGCAAUCCCUUUGCUAGAAACAUGCAAGAAUCUUGAACACAUCAGCAUCAAUACUUUAAGUUUGCCAAACUUGUUUGAUAUGCUGAAAGAAAGUCUUCCGCCGACUUUAUAUUCUCUUGAGAUUCUCUGUCCAUAUUCUGGCAUAAGUUUCGACUCAAAUUCAAACAAAAAUUUCUUUGAUUUCCUGACUGCCAAUCAAAAUCAUUUGAAAAUUCUUUCAAUCCAUGAUCUUGAUUUUGUCAAUGAUCUAGUAGAUAUUGCAAGUGAUUGUUAUGGAAAGCCGAGACUUUUCCGGAUUAUUUUCCGCGAUUUGAAUAAUGAUGUGGUUAUGUUCACAGAAGUAUAUCAAGCAUAUCAUCGAACAGAGACGGUAUUCAGCUACUGGAAUCGUAGGGCUGUGAUGAAUAGAGCUAAACAUGGCCUCGGUGAACAUUUCUCCGGGCAUGGCCUAUUAUUGAUCUAUUUCAAUCCUUUAACAUGCAUGAAGGUAGCUAGUAAAUAUUGA